GUGAGGAGUCGGCGUAACAGGAACACUUCCGGCCGGUGGAGUCCGCCCAUCAGGCCGGUUGGCAACGGGGCAGACAACAGUAUUCGGGUCCUUCUCACACCUCUGCUCUUAGUUCCCGAGCUUCAGCCUCAGGAUCGAUCUGCCUUCUGAGACUUUGCCCUUCUUCAGGGAGAGCACUCAGGAGAUCAGGAGAAUGGCCACGGGGUUCCUGAAAGCCAAAAAAGAGGCGUUCAUGGCGUUCGGGGAUGUGGCUGUGGACUUCACCCAGGAGGAAUGGAGGUUGUUGACCCCUGCUCAGAGGACCUUGCACAGGGAGGUGAUGCUGGAGACUUAUAACCACUUGGUCUCACUAGAAAUUUCAUUUUCCAAACCAAAACUCAUUUCUCAGCUGGAGCGAGGGGAAGAGCCCUGGAUAGAGGAGAGACAACGUCCGCUGGUUCUCUGUCCAGGAAGCCUCCCUUCCUCUCACUUGGCAUUGUUUUCUGCGGGGGAUACUUGUGACCAGUUCAGUCUGCUGCCAUUUUCAGAACAUCUGGGCCCACUCAGCAACAAUUUCUAUUGGCUGCAAUUUUUUCCCUAGGAUCAAAGCUAGAAAUUCAACCUUGUCCCUCCUGUCCUCUGGCAUUCUCUAGUCAACAAGCCCUCAGCCAACAUGUGUGGCUCAGUCAUCUCCCUCAGUUUUUCUCAAGUUUAUGUGCAGGAAAUCAUCUCCAU